AUGGAUAGUCAUGACACUGAUUCUAAAAAGACAAUCUAUUCUAACAAUCCAUCCAUCCUUCUAGACUACUCUCUUGUUGACACCGAGUCGGAUGGUCAGCUACUAGUUUUGGGUCCAUUUGGGGAUACGAUAUCAUGUUGCCUAUAUUCUCCAUCUGGCCAUAUUUUGCUUCUUGGAUGUUUGGACGGCAAGGUUUAUAUUCACAAUGCUGCAAGUUUUAAUUAUGAGCAGCUUAAUGUAGUAGAAUCGAUGUUAAAGAGUGUAGAGUGGCUAAAUUGGCACCCGGAUAGCUCUUGCUUUUUAUUUGGUGGUGAAGGUCAGUGCGCCUAUUUGUGCCACUAUAGACCCGGUAGUCUUCCGCUACUCCACUCUAUAGUCACUUCAAAUAGCACACAAUGUGGAAAAAUUCUAGUUUAUGAUGUAACUGUAUCAGUAGUAGGUUCAGAUGACGGUGCAGUCUACAUGACAAAGUUUGGGAGUCCAGAACAUCUCGCACAAAACAUGGCAAAUAUUAAUACUGGAAAUGUGCAUACCACUGGACAAGCUUUACACAGUGAGGUUCAUUUGCAUACUGAAUCGCUGAAGAUUUCAGAUGCUGAACUCAUAUGUCUGGAUUGUCAUGAAAAGGUUCAGCUCGCAAUCGUGGGAACGGCCUCUGGAGACAUCCACUUUGUGAGCCUUUCAAAACUCAAACUUGUGCAUUCGGCAAUGGGUGCACAUUCUGAAUCUGUAGAAUCUGUAAGGUUUCACCCAAAUCCAAACGUUCAGCUCGUAGCGAGCUGUGGUAUGGACGGAAAUGUGAUUUUUUGGGAUCCUUGCAAGUUUUCACAAAUAAGCACUGUGAACCUAGACAUGGGACUCACUAGGCUACUGUGGCAUCCAAAGAAGAGCACAGUUGCUAUAGGUGAUUGUUCAGGUGGUAUUUCUAUCGUUAGAAGUGGUGGAAUUUUGAAGGAGGUACAAGCACAUCAAAAUGCAGUUUUAGACAUGGCCGCUCUGAAUUGUGGCCAAGAUGACGUUGCUAUAAUUAGCGUCUCUCAAGAUUUUACAGCAGUAAUAGUUGGCGAAAUAUUCAACACCGAUUAA